AUGGAUAAUUUAGAGCCAAACAUUGCUGUGUUCACGAAUCCUGAACAUGAGCUGUGGAUCGCCCAAUGUGACCCAACUGUCGAUGAGGUCAUUUCGGGGAGCACGCUUAAGCCUGGAGAAGUGACAGUUGGCAUCAAAUCCACUGGCAUUUGCGGAUCUGACGUUCACUUCUGGCAAGAAGGCUGCAUUGGUCCUAUGAUUGUCGGAGACGACCAUAUUCUGGGCCAUGAGUCUGCAGGCAUAGUUCUGGCCACGCACCCUUUAGUCACGCAACUCAAGAUUGGAGAUCGCGUUGCAAUUGAGCCGAACGUCAUCUGUCAUGAUUGCGAACCCUGUCUAAGUGGGAGGUACAACGGGUGCGAAAAUGUCAAAUUUCUGAGUACACCUCCAAUCGACGGGCUUCUCAGACGAUACGUGAAUCAUCCAGCACUUUGGUGCCACAAGAUUGGAGAAAUGAGCUACGAGAAUGGCGCGUUGCUUGAACCUCUGUGUGUAGCUUUGGCCGGAAUACAGCGUUCGGGAUUAAGGAUAGGGGACCCCGUGCUCAUUUGCGGAGCAGGCCCGAUUGGACUGGUCACACUGCUUUGCUGUGAGGCUGCUGGCGCGACACCAAUUUUGAUCACAGAUAUCGAUGUUGGCAGGCUGGACUUUGCCAAACAAUUGGUUCCGAAGGUAAAAGUAUUUCAGCCCGUCAGAGAUCAAAGUGCCGAAGAGAGCGCAAACCGCAUGAUUGAGGCAAUCGGAGGUCUUCGCCCCACACUCGCCAUAGAUUGUACGGGCGUAGAAUCCUCAAUCAAUGCAGCAGUAUGGAGUGUCAAAUUUGGGGGGAAAGUCUUUGUCAUCGGAGUUGGUAAGAAUGAAAUGAAAGUCCCUUUCAUGCGCUUGAGUACACAAGAGAUCGACUUACAGUACCAAUAUCGAUAUUGCAAUACUUGGCCCCGAGCGAUACGACUGGUUCAAGACGGAACCAUCAAACUCGAGAAGCUGGUAACCCAUCGCUUCAAUAUCGACGAAGCCGUUCAGGCCUUCAAGACGGCGGCAGAUCCACGCACAGGAGCCAUCAAAGUCCAAAUUAAGAGUCAUGAUGAGUAA